CUUGCCAUUAACUAUGUGCUAUCAGAUCAUUAGAACAGUGUUAGAACGGUUUGAGUAUUUAUGAAGCAGAAGGUAUUUUCAUGGAUGAAAGUUCACUGAAGGAGAAACUCAGCUUUCACUGCAUUGUGAAGUAUUUUCUCUUCGCUACUAACACCGUCUUGUGGAUUGUCAGCAUCGUACUCGUUGCAGUGGGAGCCUGGGCUCAUGAUGAGAAGAAGGAGUAUAGUGACCUUGACAGCCUGGCCUUUGACCCUUCAGUUCUACUUAUUGUUGUUGGCUGUCUGAUGUUUGUAGUGACAUUCUGUGGUUGUGUUGGAGCUCUCAGGGAAAAUAAGAUCUUGCUGCAAGUAUUCAUGGGAUCUUUGACUGUCAUCUUCAUUUUGGAACUUGUAACAGGCUUUGUUGCUUUCUUUUUUGUCGACAAGACUCGCAGUAAAGUGAAGGAGGCAACUCAUAAUGUGAUCAUGAGAUACCGAAAUGAUCCAGACCUGCAAAAUGCUAUAGAUGGAAUACAAAAGGGUCUGAAGUGUUGUGGUGGAUUUUCAUAUCAUGACUGGGAGCUGAAUGAACAUUUCAACUGUUCUGCUAAUACUGUUCAGGCAUGCGGAGUACCCUUCUCAUGCUGCCGUGAGGAUCAGAUCAAUACACACUGUGGAUUUGCAGUUAGAAAGGAAAAACUUGAGACAGAAGCUACUCAGGUGAUAUACACCAAUGGAUGUAUUGAUAGUCUGACAGACUGGAUUAAUAGCAAUCUUCACAUUGUGGGAGGUCUUGCAUUUGGGUUUGCUGUUGUACAGUUGCUUGGAAUUCUGGGUGCCUUUAACAUGAUCCGGGUUAUCGAUGAAGUGUUAAAGUCACAGAAUACUGAGACUGAGUUGAACUUUACACUAUAGGAGAACCACAGGGAUUUGCUUUGUUGCAUAUGAAGGGAAAAGUAGAAUACCCACACCACAACUUGGCUAGCCAAACCGAUCAAUAAAGACUCAUGGAAAACCAGCUAUAUUCUUGCAGUAUUUUUGCUGGCAUCACACCCCUCAACCAAUCAAGAAGCCAGUAUGUUACACUGUAGGGGUCAUGGUAGGGAGGGGUCCUGUAGAGUUCAAUAAAUAAUGGACUCCCAUCAGAUGAUAAGGUUCAAGUAUUUUUUUAACAGAGUACAAAGCUUCAAUGUUAAAAACCUUUAUUGGAUCUUCCAAUUGCAAAUCAGCAUUACAAUAUCAACCCAAGAAUUACAUGGACUUGUUUCUACUUUCUUGUUUUGAUAAUGAAACCUAACUUUGUAGUAAAAAAUGUCAACAGAGAAAAGGGAAACAUUCAAUUAUCACUUAGAACUAACACUGACAGUUAUUGUCAAAAAUCUUUGUACUGAGAUGAGUUUCAAUCUGAGGUUUUAAUUAAGAAAUCUGAUUAGUUAAAAAGAUUGCAAUCACUAGGUCCUGUGAAAAUUUGUCAAAAAUAAGUUGCUAAGCAAAUAAAUAAAUUCCCUAUAUUAAAUAACCAUUAUUACAUAGCUACUGUAUCAUAACUCAAUCAAAUAUUAUUAAUAGUUAUUAAGUUGAGGACUUUAUAAAGUCUUUCUCUAUUCUCUGAAAGGAGGUUCAUUUUUCAGAGUAGCUUCAUAUUUAUUAAAAAUAAUGACAAAGAGA